UAAUGAAGCCGCACUCAAGCACCUUUCUGAUCCUUCUCCUCGUGGCUUUCAUCGCUGGGACAGUCUUGGCUCUUCCUUCAACGUCCCAGAGGAGCAGAGUGAGACGUCAGAACAUGAAGGUUCGUAUCAGUACCAAAGGAGACACCAUAGUGAUGAAGUUUCUACGACCUGACACAGACACUAAGCUGGAGGGCUACAUCCUGGGCUACGGCAGCAGCAUGUUCUCCAAACAGUUCAUUCAGCUGCCUGACAACGGACUGCCUUAUGAGACAGAGUUUGAUGCUGAGCCCAAGUACCUUAUAGCUGUCCAGCCUAUUCUUACUAAUGAUGUGAAAAAGCAAUGUAAAGGUAAAGUACAACUGGAGAAGCCGCUGCAUCUUGUCAUUGGGUCGGUGACGCCCUCAUCAGUCCUCCUGUCCUGGGGAACACUGCUGAAAACCCCCUAUGAAGGAAAUAUUAUGAAUGAUUGUUUAGAAGAUGGACACUACACAGUUCGGUACCGUGAGAAGAACAGGAAGUGGAACUACCAGACCUGCCCAACAAGUGACACGAUCAUUGACAAUCUGAAGCCAAACACGGUCUAUGAAUUUGGAGUCCAGCCUAACUCUAAAGGCGGCACCGGAACGUGGAGCAAGCCGGUAGUUCAUAACAUCAGCUCACCAGUCCUGCAGAAGAAAGUCGUCAGGAAGAUCUUUAAACGCCCUGUCAGUCCUGUGAAACCCUUCACUCCUGGUCUGCAUUCAUUCCCGUUUCCUCCUCAACAUGUUGCUCAAAACAAGACCCAGGCCAUACAGCCCGUCUCCCAGAAUAUACCGAUAAUCCCACAAACAACUCUAGCUUCUACCACAACUGCUAGACAGGAAUUUCCACCAACUGCUGGACCCAGAUUGCCUGUGGUCAACAAACAGCCGACCGAGGUCCCUCUAGUUCCCAAGCUUUGUCCUGUCACGGCCACAGUGGCAUCUGUGCCAGUAUACCAAGACAAACUGGAAAACCAUGGAGGCCAUUCAAAACAAAUCUCCAAGUUUCAACCUAAUGCACAAACUAAACCAACACAACCAAUGGCUCUACAGCCUUCAGCAAAUCCGUACAUCGAAACUAUGCCAGAAGCACUUACAACAUUCCACUCAGAAAUCCAGACAAAGUCACAACCCCAAGAAACAACUCAGCCUUUACUGCAGACCCACUUUCUGUCCUCACCUAAACCAGAGCCACAUCCUCAAUCACCUGUACCUCCGUAUGAACCAAAGUCUCAACCAACACCAAAGACCAACCGCAAAUUCUCUUUCCCAACAGAACUGCAGCUAAAGACUCAGAACAAGCUGCAGGUACAAUUUCAACCAGAUCCUUUGCCCACCUCAAUGGCACAUCGUCAAACCAUUCAGCCCACACCGCAGAACACACUCUAUAAGCAAGAAACACCCACAACACUUGACACCCAUUCUUCAAUUAGGCCACAAACCCACACACAACCUCAACCACAGAUACCACAAACAAAGUCAACCCAACUGACAGAAAGACCAAAAACAGUUUUUUCUAAAUCCAAGUUCACAACACAAUCUAAACCGAAGAACCUGGACAAACUCAGCUCACAGAAAAAAACAAGAAAGCAAUUCAAGACAUCUACAAAACCCAGAAUAAAAAGCCACCAAAAUCAGACAAUCAUUCAAACACACCACCAGUCACAUUUUCCAUCAGAGGCCCCAUUCCAAAUCCCAUUUCCUCUUAAGGAACAACAUGCACCUGUGCCACAUCCAAAACCUCAGCCAAGGGUUCAGUCAGAGACCAGGACCCAGGCUGACCACUUCAAGGAUACCCCAAUGAAGGCAGUUCAUAAGGCCCCUAAUCUACCAGAGGAGGGCAAACCUUUACCAAGACCUGCCUUGGCCACAGAGAAGGCUGGUAGUUACAAACAUGGCCCUGGAGUCAUCAAAUCGACUAUUGACGAAGUUCCUCGUUCUCCCAUUAGCUCAUCAGUUCCUAAAGCAGGAAGAAAUGUCACAGUACCUCACACUCAGGCUCCUUCAAGACCUUUCUCUCCUUCCAGGACCACCUCUCACAGCUCCAACUCACCUGAGGGACACAUGGAGUCAAAACACUGAACAUCCUAUGGAGCGCAUCACAGGGGUAAUUCUCUUCCCAAACCUGUGGUGAGGCCAGGAGAAAAACCUGUUCAGCGCCCCCCUGUUCCUGAGAACAAGACACCCAAUCUGGUGGGGGAAUCCAAAGAUCACGAUAAACUCGUGGACCUGAAACAAGAAGACAAAGAGUCCAUCUUGAAGCCCCUCUCAGUGGUCACAGCCAAACCAAAGCACGAGCACAAGCAGCAGUUGACCACAGCCAUCCCUGCUGUAAACAGCAGCCGCUUUGACAUGCAUGAAAACGCUUCCAUAUUUAGACCCCUGCCUGCGUCAGAGGUAGAUAUCAUGGGCAAGAAGCGUUUUGUUGCUCCACAUGUUAUCUACAAGACAGAUAAGAAGCCAGAUGAGCCUUGCUCCAUCACUUCCUCCAUGGCUUACUUCCCUGAUGAGGAAGGCAGUGAUCAGAAUGUGACCGGUCCUCCCCGGACGGCGCCAUCCAACCUCACUGUGGUUACUGUGGAAGGCUGCCCAUCCUUCGUCAUCCUCGACUGGGAGAAAUCUGACAAUGACACCAGAGAGUAUGAAGUUGUGUCCACAACCACCGGACCACAUGGAAAAGAAGUGUCCAUACUGACAACCAACCAGACACACACAGCUGUGGAGAAUCUCACACCAGAGAGCAACUAUGAAUUCAAAGUGACGCCAAAGAAUGAACUGGGAACCGGACCCACCAGUGAGCCAGUUACUUUUAGCACAGAAUCAGCGGAUCCCCGUGUGAGCGAGCAAGCCUCAGGCAAGAAUGCCAUCUGGACUCAGUUCCCGUUUAAAGCCGACGCCUACUCUGAAUGCGAUGGAAAGCAGUACAUCAAGAGGACUUGGUACAGGAAGUUUGUGGGCAUCCAGCUCUGCAACUCCUUGAGAUACAAGAUCUACCUGAGUGACUCGCUCAAUGGGAAGUUUUACAACAUUGGAGAUCAGACGGGGUACGGUGAAGACCACUGUCAGUUUGUGGACUCCUUCCUGGAUGGUCUAACUGGAACAAGGAUGUUGGCUGAACAGCUGCAGAUCAGACAAGGGUUCUUCAGAGCAUUGAGACAUGAACCUGUAAACUUUGGCGAUAUUGGUGGAAAGUCUCAUGUGACUUACGUGGGCUGGUAUGAGUGUGGUACUCCCAUACCUGGUAAGUGGUAAGUCCCUGAGGAAG